GUGCGUGGGGAUCUCAGCGUCGCGACGUCCUGUGCAGGAUCUCAGCGCAGAGAUUCGCAGCAGCGAGUUUGCAUCCCCCUGGCGCCUCUGCAGAGUUUCUCUUUCUGGGCCCCACAGCUCCCAACCUGUGUGUUCCCUGCAGAGCCAUGUGGCUGUACCUGGCGGCCCUCGUGGGCCUGUACUACCUCUUGCGCUGGUACCGGGAGAGGCAGGUGGUGAGCAACCUCCAAGACAAGUACGUCUUCAUUACGGGCUGUGACUCGGGCUUCGGGAACCUGCUGGCCAGUCAGCUGGACCUGCGAGGCUUGAGGGUGCUGGCCGCGUGCCUGACUGAGAAGGGGGCCGAGCAGCUGAGAGACCAGACGUCAGACAGGCUGGAGACGGUAAUCCUGGACGUCACCAAGACAGAGAGCAUCUCUGCGGCCACUCAGUGGGUGAAGGAGCGUGUGGGGGACAGAGGACUCUGGGGCCUGGUGAAUAAUGCUGGCAUCUCCAUUCCCUUCGCACCCAAUGAGUGGCUGACCAAGCAGGACUUCAUGAAGAUACUGGACGUGAACCUAUUGGGGUUGAUAGAGGUGACCCUGAGCCUGCUGCCUCUAGUGAGGAAGGCGAGGGGCCGCGUGGUCAACAUCUCCAGCAUCAUGGGCCGGGUGUCCCUUCUGAGUGGAGGCUACUGCAUCUCCAAGUAUGGCGUUGAGGCUUUCUCGGACUCCCUCAGGAGGGAGCUCUGCUACUUUGGGGUGAAGGUGGCUAUGAUCGAGCCUGGUUUCUUCAACACGGAAGUAACCAACUCUGAGAAGAUUUCUGGGGCCAUCCAGGAAGCAUGGGAUCAGGCCAGCCCAGAGGCCAAGGAGGUCUAUGGGGAGAAGUUCCUAGAAUCUAUCAAGAAAUCGGUGGAAAAAUUGAAGUCAAGAUGUUGCAACAACCUGUACUUGGUGACGAACUGCAUGGAACAUGCCCUAACAGCCUGCCACCCCCGCACUCGAUACUCAUGUGGCUGGGACGCCAAGCUCCUCUACCUCCCCAUGAGUUACAUGCCCACCUUGAUAGUGGAUGCCAUAAUCUACUGGAUAUCUGAAAGACCUACCAAAGCUCUGUAACCCAAGACUUGAGUGCAUGUGUCCCCCUCCCACAGGAUGGACAUGGCCCAGGGGGAGUUAAUGCUCCUUUCCACUGAAGAUACCUGUGACAGGGAUGAAGAUGUUGAUGGCAACCACUGGCCUGACUCAUCAACCUGCGGUGCCAAUUCACAGACCCUGGCUGAAAGGACAUGUCUGUAAUUUGGAUCAUGACAGAGGACUCAGAAACAAACCAGCUGUUGAGUUGUCUUGAAACCUUGAUAUCUAUUGAUUAUUUCUGCCUUAAAAUAAAAAUUGAUAAGUUUA